AUGGCCCCCAUUCUGCAAAUUCCCGUGCACAGCCACCUGCAUGGUAAAGAGAUGGGCUAUUGGCAACGGGUCCCCAUUCUGCAGCCUCCCAGUGCAGCCACCUUCAUGGUCAGAGAUGCAAGCGUCUCUGACCAUGGUCCCUUCGUGCAGACUCUCUGGCCCGUGGACGCUGUCCCGCGCAGGCUCGUGCGGCGCGACUAUCCGUUCCACCAGUCGGGCGACAAGAUCCACAUGCACCGGUCCGGCUGGAAGCUGACCGAGCUGCGCCAGAUCGCGAUGCUCGACUGGUUCCACGUGCUGAUCGAGUGGAGCCUCGGCGGCCUGCUCGCGCUGACCGUCGCCAUGUACACUCUCCUCGUCCUCCUCUUCGGCCUCCUCUACAUGGCGAUUGACCGGCGGGGCGAGGACUGCGGCCUCGCGCCGCCCGGCCAGGACCUCUCGUGGCAGACCGCCAUCGCCUUCUCCGUCGAGACCUUCUCGACGAUCGGGUACGGUGUCCCCUUUGACUCCACCGCCUUCUUCGACAACUGCAUGGUCCUCACCGUCGCCGUCUACAGCCAAGCGCUCACCUUCAUCCUUCUCAACGCAACACUGCUCGGCAUCAUCUUUGCGCGCGUCGGCCGCGCCAGCACGCGAGCCGCACAGGUUCUCUUUUCGGACAAGGCAACCAUCCGGUGCGUGCGCGGCCGCUUCUACUUCUCCUUCCAGGUGGGGGAGGCGUCCUUCCUCCAGUACCACCCGAUCGUGGAGGCGCACGUGCGCGCGUACGCCGUCCUGCAUGAGCGGGCCGCCCUCUUCCAGACUCGCGUCCUGCGGCUGACGAACCCGAACGACGAGAUCGGAGGGAUGCUCUUCCUCGCCACUCCACAGCUCGUCUCGCACCGGAUCGACCGCUGGUCUCCCCUGUUCCCGCCCGCAUGCUUCCGCGCGAGGCCGCUCGAGCCCACGCUGCCCCUCAGCCGCGUCCCGCCAGCCCCGCUCCGUCCCACCUUCCCCGGGCUGGUGAUGCGCGAGGACGACGUGGACGCAGAGGACACGAUCGACGCGGCGCUCCGAGACCGGCGCCAGCAGGCGGAGCUCGCAGCGCGGUGCGAGCACGCGCCCGCGGCAGCAGAGGCGCGCCACGCCGCGGCAGGCGCAGGCCUAGGCCGCGCCUCCUGUUCGCUAGCGCGCCACUCGUACAUGAGCUCCGACCUCCGCUUCGACGCUGGCUUCGCCCCCACCAUGUCCAUCACCGACGAGGGGGUGCCGCAGGUGGACUGGGAGGAGUUCCACAAGACGGUGGAUCUGCCGUUCAACACCACCUGUUGGGUCGGGUCGUCGCAUAGCUAA